AGCCGGUUAACUUACUCCGUGUCAUCCUGACCAGGUUUUACGGGACAGCCACCGACACCUCCGUGUGGGCGUGACCGACCGGCUUGCUUCCACAGCAGCCACCAAACCAGCAGUUAUCACAGCAGCCGGUGGCAAAGCGAAAGCACUUGCUUGUGUCAGAAGCAGACGCCGAUUAGCAGCUUGUUAGCUCGCUAGCAGAAAACCACAUGGAGCCUCAAAACACCAACAUGAACACGGAGGCGAAGAUGCUGCUGAACCACGCAAAGACUCUCAGGCUCCACACCGGGAAUCUAGUCAACCGGAAUCGCCUGAAAAAGAAAUGUCCGUCCUCUCCCAGCGAAGAGCUUCAAGACUGCAUUCAAGCCACACUGAGCGACUGGUAUUCUGCAACAAAACCGCCAUCCAAGGACUUUCCAGAUACACUGGACUGCUCCAUUCCUCAGGAAACAGAUGCUAUCACACCUGAGGAGAGGGAAGAGCUGAAGGUUUCAGUCAAGCUGUUCCUGUGUGAGUCCGUUGAAUCCUCGAUCAGAGAUGCAGUGGAGAUGGCCUGCCAGACGCUGGCAGUCUCCCAGCUUGACUCUGUUAUCAUAGCGCCACCUGGGCCCCUGGAGGGUGAUGGCCAAACUUUGGCUCACCUUCAGCCAGCCUGGGAGGAGCUGGAGGCUCUGGUCAGGAGCCAGCAGAUUGCCGCCAUUGGCACUUCUGACCUGGACAAAGAUCUGCUGGAACAGCUCCACAGCUGGGCUCAGGUGAAGCCCAGCAGUAACCAGGUGAACCUGGCCUCCUGCUGUGUGAUGCCUCCUGACCUGACAGCCUUCGCUAAGGAGUUUGACAUCCAGCUGCUCACACACAACGAUCCCAAAGAGCUGAUGUCAGCAGCCACAUUCCAGGAGGCGGUGCGGGUGGGAACGCAGGACCUGAACAUCGCCAACUGGAGGCUGGAGUGGGUCCUGCGCUACUCCAUUAUUGUCAAGAGUAGAGGCAUCAUCAAGGCUAAGGGCUACCUUGUCAGUGCAAGGAAGGCAAGCCCCUAGCACACCCCACUGGAAAAGAAAACGCAUGGAUGAAGCCAUUUUCCUCCUUUCAUUUGAGCACGCAUACACAACAUGCAACGUAACAGCUCUGAGUAACGGAUGCCGCCAAAUCAUCAUGAAUCUUCAAGUCAUUGAUUUAUCUUACAGAUAAGGUUGCAUUGUGACCAUCUGUGGUUUGUCCAGUUUAACAGGUGCAGGGAUUCAUUACCAUCGUCUCAGUGAGAUCAAAAAUGGGAGAUGAACAUGCAAGAUCAACUCCGGUGUCAGUUCUGAGAGAAUAGACUGUGAAAGUGAGUUUCCCCAUGACCAGUACAUACAUCAGCCAGUUAUCCACACAGAAGAGGCUGCUUAAUGAUGGAACAUGUCAGUUGCUAAACUUUGAUCCAAGUUGAAGGUUCCUUAACCUUGUUGACUUGAAGUGCCUCAUCUUUUGCUCCUCCUGUCCUCAUUCCUGCUUUGUCUCCACUGUGUCUGUGUGAAUCAAGCUUUAAAUAUAUCAGUCUGAAUGAAAAGUUCAAGAAUUAUUGUUUUAUAGUACAGAACGAUUCCAGACAUUACGAAUGGUUAAAUUAGGAAAAAAAAUUAGAAAUGUCUGAUUUUAUUCAUACAACUUGAUUUUUCCUUCUAUAUUAGAGUUUGCAUUCCUCAAUUGAGGAAAAAAACACAAUGGACUAAUUCAAAUCUAACUACAUAUGACAUGUUUAUUUUAUGAUGCUGUUUGAAUUAGACUUUUAACUUAAGCACAAAAGUACGUGAGUAUAUGUUUAUUUUAUCACGCUUUUUUCCUUAACCAUUUGCCGUUUCUGACGAUGCAUUGAAAUGUUGACCCACCCUGUGCUCAAGAGAUUAAAUCGAGGGUUGACGGUACAGCAAUAUUUUGACUUGCCUAGCUGGCUUAUGUCCUCAAUGUGCAUUGUUGUUGUAGCACUGGAAACUUCAUGUCAAGGAGUUGUGAAAAUGUGUUAACUCUUGAGGAUGAAGUUUUUAUUUAAGAAUCAUGGCUGUUUUUCCAGACAGGUGCUCAUGAAGACAAAUUAUCUGUUGUACUGUAAACAUAUUUAACGUUGUCUGUAUAUCAUGAAUUGGCUUUAUUAAAAUUAUUGAACAGA